AUGUUUCUAGACUUAGUAUUCAAUUUUUGUUGCUCUAAACGGCAGAAAGAUGAUAAAGAUACAAAAUCUUAAAAUAGUAACAAAAGUCAAGAUGAGUAAAUAAUAGAACAGAAAAGAAUGGAGUUGGACCUUGGGAAAGGAGGUCCUAAUUAGAUAUAAAGUAGCAAAAUAUUGAGUUUUAUAAGAAUCAUAACCAUAGUCAUCUAUAGUAUCGCCUACGGACAACUAUUUCUAAUUGAAUGAUGAGAAGUAAUAAAAAAAGAGUAGCUUCGAAGAAGAUAAUAUCGAUGAGAAUCAAUUUAAUUUUCAAGGUAAUGAGGAACCAAAAUUGAAUACUAACCAUGUUAAAGAUCAUUUGGGAAAACGGUAAAUAAAAUAAUAUCAAAAAAUAGUUCUAAGUCUUAGGAGAGAUAAGAGAAGGGUUUGAAAAAGAAAAUCAGCAAGAACAAAGAGAAAGUUGAAGGAGAUAAAAGAGUGGUUAAGAUUUGGUAACCAGAGGAGGAUUAGAGGUUGAGGAAACUCUAUCAAGAACAUUAAGGAAAUUGGAGCAAAAUAAUUUAAUUUAUGCCAGACAGAAACAUUUCACAAUGUUCUUAGAGAUGGAGAAGAAUAAAUCCAAUAUAAGUGAGUUAAUAAUUGUAUUUUAGAGUAAAUAAAAGUGGACUUAAGAUGAGGAUACAAAGUUAGUAUCUAUGGUCUAAGUUGAAGGCAAAAACUGGACUAAAUUGGCUAAGAAUUUCCCAGGAAGAACAGGAAAAUAAAUUCGAGAAAGGUAUCUCAAUAAAUUAGAUCCAACUCUUAAUUUUGUAGCAUGGACUGAAUAAGAAGAUAAGGAAAUAGUGAAAUAUUACAAUUAAUAUGGUGCCAAAUGGAGUUAGGUUGCCUCACAUUUGAAAGGAAGAUCGGUAUUCAUUAUAGAUAUUUAGGAAAAUAUGGUGAAGAAUAGGUUUUAUUCACAUAUUCAAAAACAUCUCUUAGGUAGAUAAAACAAAUACUAGAUUAUUUAUAAAUAAGGCAAGAAUUAAAAAUAGCAGAAUGGCAGUUCAUAAAUGAUUGAAGGAAGUCAGAAUAUGGAAGUUGAAUAUUCUGACACUUCUAAUAGUGAUAUGAAGUUAGUUCAUUCUGAAAAUUAUUCAGUAUUGUUUAUUUCUUAAUAUUUUAGUCUUCUAAUGGAUCAAGCACAUUUAAUUUUUCUUAUUAUGACGAUGAUGAAUUUAGUGGGAAUGGAGAAGAUCUGGGUUAUGAUAAUUAAUUUGAUCAUGAAUUCGCUGAAAAAGCAAGAUUAUUUUGA